AUGAAAUCAUCUUCAACUCUAAAUGAAUUGGACACUAUUCCAAUACAAAAUCAAUCUUAUUCAGAUGUCGAUUAUUUUCCAAUGAUGUCUACAGCAUUUUCUCAACAAUCCAAUAAUCAUAAUAAAACAUCAUCAUUAGAUUGUAAGUUGAUGUCUGAUGAUUUAUCAUCGGUACAAUGGCGAACUGAAUACAAUGGCAAACGUUUAUGGCCACACGAUCAAUGGCCUGAACGUGAUUUAGUUAAUUAUCCACCAUAUAAACUUCGUGAAACACCAAAUCCAGUUCGUUGGUAUUGUGUACCUGAAUCUUGGUUUAAAUUUUUCUAUGAAAAAAACUGCAAAGAAUAUAUUGUACUUUGGUAUGAUUUCACUGAAUAUCUCAUUUUGGCUGCAGCUGUUAUUACUGUUGUUAAAAAAAUUGGUCCAAUGGUUGGUGAGGUUUUUCAAGGUUGGCAUAAAGAAGAAGUUAAUCGAUACACAUCAGUCGUACAAAAUUCUAAAGCAAUGGCUGGAAAAAUGUUACAUGGAUAUGAAGAAUCAUUAGAACGUGCAAAAAAUAUUGGAAUAUUAAGUGAUGCACGAAAAGAAAUCGUUAAUAUGGCACUUGAAACUGCAUAUCGUGAUCGUUUAAGACAAAUGUAUGAAGCUGUUAAACGUCGAUUAGAUUAUCAAGUAGCUUUACAAAAUGCACGAAAAGAUUUCGAAAGAUCAAAUAUGAUUAAUUGGAUAACAAAUGAAGUUAAAAAAUCAAUCACAAUUAAACAAGAACAAGAUGCUUUACAAUCUUGUCUUCAACAACUUAGACAAAUUGCUGCACAAACAAAAUAA